AUGAAGUUCCUCAAGACCGGCCUUGCACUCCUUCCCUACCUCUGCCUUGUUGUCGCAGGCCCAGUCACCAAGCGCAGUGUGUCGACCGAUCUGGCAACCAUCGCUACUGACGUUCAGGCCCUCGACACAGGUGUCAACAGCUGGGACGGAACCCUGGCUGGGGGCGUCCCUCUGAUCAAUAAAUUGGACGUCCUUCAGACUGACCUGAAGACCGCCAUCAGCGACACCGCCGCCGCAGCCGCAUUCUCUGCAAGCGACAGCACCGCUGCGACAAAUAGUAUUAAGACCUUGACCCCAUUAAUUACAACCACCGUCAAUGAUUUCGUCAGCAAGAAAUCCAAAUUCGCGAGUGCUGGUCUGACGAGCGUUGUUCUAUCCAGCCUCAAGACGCUCAAAGGUCUCGCCGAUCAGCUCGCCACCAACCUUGAGGCGAAGGUUACUUCGGGCGAUGUGGCUACCAUCAAGGCUGCUCUAGUCACGAUUGACGCAUCCUUCGACGCUGCGAUCGCUGUUUUCUAG